UCCCCAAUUACAUCGCAUCACUCACCUUUUCACCGUCCCUUUUUGGUGUCUCCAACUAGAACAGGUAUCCAAACGCAGCUAGGGCGAGACCAAGCGGAGAAAGAUUCCUUCUCGCCGUAUCCGAAGAUUCCGAAGGGGGAGAGGGCGUUUCCAUGAGGAGCAACGGAGGAGAGGAAUCCACGCGAAAGGACGUGACCUCCGGCGGCAGCGGCAGUGGUGCCGGAGGGAUCCCCAGUCCUAAUCCCGAAUGGAGGUUCAACCAAACGCUCCGAAAUGUUCAAGGGUUGCUGAAAGGUCGAAGUUUUCCUGGCAAAGUUUUGCUGACUCGGAAAUCUGAGCCUCUAAAUGCUCUAGCUUCACCUACACACUCUCGAGAAAUGGAAAGAAGCUACUCCUCAAAUGAUCGUGGAAAUGACCAAACAACCAAUUCCUUUGAAGCUGAGGCUCAAAGUUCUGGAAGAGCGAACAAUGCAAAUCUACAGAAGACAAGUAUAUCAUCAUUGACCACUUCAAGUGCACCACCUGAUGCUCAAGGUUCUGUCACAGGAGCUAGAGCCACAGAUUCUGCAAGAGUUGCAAAGUUUGGAAAUGAACUUUCUAGACAAGCUGUUAUACUAGAAAAGCUACGUGAGUUAUCUUGGAGCGGUGUACCACCAUAUAUGCGACCUAAUAUAUGGAGACUUCUUCUGGGAUAUGCACCACCCAAUUCAGAUAGAAGGGAGGGAGUUUUGGCUAGAAAGAGACUUGAGUAUGUUGAAUGUGUCGCACAGUAUUAUGACAUUCCUGACUCUGAACGGUCAGAUGAUGAGAUCAACAUGCUUCGCCAGAUCUCUGUUGACUGCCCAAGGACAGUUCCUGAUGUCACUUUCUUCCAGCAUGCUCAAAUUCAGAAAUCCUUGGAACGCAUUCUUUAUACAUGGGCUAUUCGUCACCCAGCAAGUGGAUAUGUUCAAGGAAUAAAUGAUCUUGUCACACCAUUUUUGAUAGUGUUCUUAUCUGAACAUCUAAAUGGCAGCAUGGAGAGCUGGUCAAUUUCGGAUCUUUCACCUCAGAUAAUAUCCAAUAUUGAAGCUGAUUGCUAUUGGUGCCUCUCAAAGUUGCUUGAUGGCAUGCAAGAUCAUUACACAUUUGCUCAACCAGGAAUUCAGCGGCUUGUUUUCAGAUUGCGAGAACUGGUUCGUCGCAUUGAUGAACCUGUAUCCAGACACAUGGAAGAGGAAGGGCUUGAGUUCCUUCAAUUUGCUUUUCGGUGGUUCAAUUGUCUCUUAAUUCGUGAGAUCCCUUUCCACCUUGUUACCCGUCUGUGGGAUACUUAUCUUGCGGAAGGAGAUUCAUUGCCAGAUUUCCUUGUGUACAUAUCUGCGAGUUUGCUUCUAACAUGGUCAGAAAAGCUUCAAAAGUUUGACUUCCAAGAAAUGGUGAUGUUCCUUCAACACCUUCCCACAGAAGACUGGACUCACGAUGAGCUCGAGAUGGUGCUCUCAAGGGCUUUCAUGUGGCACACCAUGUUCAGCAGCUCCCCGAGCCAUCUAGCCAGCUAGAACAAUCAUUCUUCUCGCCUCACUAUAAAUUUCCUCCAUUUGUUUUUAAUAUUUCAGUGGUAUUGUUUCCCACCAUUUUUCUUUUCCUCCUGUCUUUCCUACUGUCAUGUUUGAGUGAUUAUUAAGUUUUAGUCUGCUCUUGUAUUUUCCAUGUUCUGGACUUGUAAAUUUUCCAAUCAAAAUCACUUGUAUGUAAAAUUUGACAAACUCAAAGUUACAUGACGAAACAUCAUUCUGCGUUCA